AUGAAUGGUGGAAUUACUAAUUUAUUUAAUUAUGGUAAUAUUUAUUUCAUAUCAACUCCUUUUAAAGAAUUUCAAGGAUAUAAUGACUCUAUUACAUCAACAACUACAUCAUUUGAUAGUUUAAAUAAUAAAAAUAUAAAUACACAAGAAAAAUGUUAUGAAAAACAAAAAAUAAUUCAAGAAGAAAAUAGUAAUACUAUUAUUCAAAAAGAAUCAAAAGAUGAAUUAGAAAUUAAGAAAGAAACAAAAGAAAUACAAAAAGAAAAAAGUAUAAACAAAAGAAAAGGAAUUGAUAUGAAAAAUAUUGAAAAUGAAAAAUAUUUUAUUGGAAUUCCAAUAAUAGAAAAAUCAUUUUUUCAUAAAUUUUAUGAACCAUUAAAAGAAUGGACAUCUAAACAAACAUUUAAAUUAAUUUAUGAUAGUAAUUCUGAUGGUUUAACUGCUUGUUCAUUUAACACAUUAUUAAAAGGAAAAGAAAAUAUUUUAUUAAUGGCAUUCACAAAAAAAGGAUAUGUUUUUGGUUCUUUUCAUUCAAUAAUUCCAAAUGAUAAAUCAAUGAUUUCUAAUGAUUUAAAUCAUUUUUUAUUCUCUUUAUCUUCUCCUUAUCUUAUUGAACCAACAAAAUUUAUUGGUAAUGGUAUUCUUCAUCUUCAUGAUGAUUCUGAAGAUAAUAAUGUAGUUGAUAUUUUCUCAGGUUAUUCUAUUUAUUCUAAUAACACUGUUAUGGUUUAUUCUUCUUUUGAUUCUACAUAUAACUCUAAUUCUUUAAAUUUAGUUGGAAAAUCUAAUUCAAAAGUUAUUAUAACAAAAUUUAUUGCUUUUGAAUGUAUUUAA